UGCCUGCAGCCUCACGCGCUGCCUCCGCCGCGGGACCUGGGUUCCCGGACCGCUCCCCCGAGGGCCGAGCGCGCCGCGGGCGAGAGACGGGCAGAGACAAGCGGCGAGGAGAGGGAGAGAGGAGCGAGCAGAGUCUCGUGCGCCGGCGCGCGGCCCCGGGUCCCCUCCCAGCCCUGGCCGGGGCCCGUCGCCGCCACAGUCGGACUGCCCGUCGUGGGAGGGGCUGUGCGCCCGCGACCCGUUGGGAACCGCAGCUGCUCGGUCGGAGUGCAGCGGCCGAGACCGCGCGACGGCCACGCGGGACAGAGGUCCCUGGAUGAGAAGGAGCUGACAGCGGCCGAGUCCCACCUUCUCUGCGUGCUGGGGAGCAGGGCUGCGUCGCCCAGGUGGCCCAAUGCCGAAGAACAGCAAGGUGACCCAGCGCGAGCACAGUAGUGAGCAUGUCACGGAGUCGGUGGCCGACCUGCUGGCCCUUGAGGAGCCUGUGGACUACAAACAGAGCAUCCUGAAUGUGGCCGGAGAAGCAGGCGGCAAGCAGAAGGUGGCGGACGUGGAGGACCGGCCGGCCUGGAACAGCAAGCUGCAGUACAUCUUGGCCCAGAUCGGCUUCUCUGUGGGCCUUGGCAACAUCUGGAGGUUCCCCUACCUGUGCCAGAAAAAUGGAGGAGGUGCCUACCUGGUGCCCUACCUGGUGCUGCUGAUCAUCAUUGGGAUCCCGCUCUUCUUCCUGGAGCUGGCUGUGGGCCAGAGGAUCCGCCGCGGCAGCAUCGGCGUGUGGCACUAUGUGUGCCCCCGCCUGGGCGGCAUCGGCUUCUCCAGCUGCAUAGUCUGCCUCUUCGUUGGGCUGUACUAUAAUGUGAUCAUCGGGUGGAGCAUCUUCUAUUUCUUCAAGUCUUUCCAGUACCCGCUGCCCUGGAGUGAGUGCCCUGUCGCCAGGAAUGGGACCGCGGCAGUGGUGGAGCCGGAGUGUGAGAAGAGCUCGGCCACUACCUACUUCUGGUACCGAGAGGCAUUGGACAUCUCCAACUCCAUCUCAGAGAGCGGGGGCCUCAACUGGAAGAUGACCCUGUGCCUCCUCGUGGCCUGGGGCAUCGUGGGCAUGGCCGUCGUCAAGGGCAUCCAGUCCUCGGGGAAGGUGAUGUAUUUCAGCUCCCUCUUUCCCUACGUGGUGCUGGCCUGCUUCCUGGUCCGGGGGCUGCUGCUGCGGGGGGCCGUCGACGGCAUCCUACACAUGUUCACUCCCAAGCUGGACAAGAUGCUGGACCCCCAGGUGUGGCGGGAGGCAGCCACACAGGUCUUCUUCGCCCUGGGGCUAGGCUUUGGGGGUGUCAUCGCCUUCUCCAGCUACAACAAACAGGACAACAACUGCCACUUCGACGCCGCCCUGGUGUCCUUCAUCAACUUCUUCACCUCGGUGCUGGCCACCCUCGUGGUGUUCGCUGUGCUGGGCUUCAAGGCCAACAUCAUGAACGAGAAGUGUGUGGUCGAGAAUGCCGAGAAGAUCCUGGGGUACCUCAACACCGACGUCCUGAGCCGGGCCCUCAUCCCUCCUCACGUCAACUUCUCUCACCUGACCACUAAGGACUACGCGGAGAUGUACAAGGUCAUCAAGACCGUGAAGGAGGACCAUUUCUCAGCCUUGGGCCUCGACCCCUGCCUUCUGGAGGAUGAGCUGGACAAGUCCGUGCAGGGCACAGGCCUGGCCUUCAUCGCCUUCACGGAGGCCAUGACGCACUUCCCCGCCUCCCCGUUCUGGUCCGUCAUGUUCUUCCUGAUGCUUAUCAACCUGGGCCUGGGCAGUAUGAUCGGGACCAUGGCGGGCAUCACCACGCCCAUCAUCGACACCUUCAAGGUGCCCAAGGAGAUGUUCACAGUGGGCUGCUGUGUCUUUGCCUUCUUCGUGGGGCUGUUGUUCGUCCAGCGCUCCGGAAACUACUUUGUCACCAUGUUUGAUGACUACUCGGCCACCCUGCCACUCACCGUCAUCGUCAUCCUUGAGAACGUCGCUGUGGCCUGGAUCUAUGGAACCAAGAAGUUCAUGCAGGAGCUGACGGAGAUGCUGGGCUUCCAGCCCUACCGCUUCUAUUUCUACAUGUGGAAGUUCGUGUCUCCGCUGUGCAUGGCUGUGCUCACCACGGCCAGCAUCAUCCAGCUGGGGGUCACGCCCCCGGGCUACAGCGCCUGGAUCAAGGAGGAGGCUGCCGAGCGCUACCUGUAUUUCCCUAACUGGGCCAUGGCUCUCCUGAUCACGCUCAUCGUCGUGGCUGUCCUGCCCAUCCCCGUGGUGUUCGUUCUGCGGCACUUCCACCUGCUCUCCGACGGCUCCAACACCCUCUCCGUGUCCUACAAGAAGGGCCGCAUGAUGAAGGACAUCUCCAACCUGGAGGAGAACGACGAGACCCGCUUCAUCCUCAGCAAGGUGCCCAGCGAGGCGCCCUCCCCCAUGCCCACUCACCGCUCCUACCUGGGGCCCGGCAGCACAUCGCCCCUGGAGACCAGUGGCAACCCCAAUGGACGCUAUGGGAGUGGCUACCUCCUAGCCAGCACCCCUGAGUCGGAGCUGUGACCACUGCCCCGCCCUGCCCGCCUUGCCUCCCACACCCAGCCAGCCCACGUGUCCCAGCCUGGCUUUUCCUUCCAGGCCAGGCCCUCUGCCCAAGGGGAGGGGCUCUGCCCUGCCUCAUCCUCCACCCCAGUCCCAGCCGACUUCUGCUUCCUAGAUCUGAGUGGGGGCUGGGAGAAGCUCUGUCCCCCAGUCUAGGCCCCCAACCCAGCUAACCUUCAGAGACCCCCUUACCAAACUACAUCUGAGUUACUGGAACCGCCCAGAUGUCCCGAUUCCCAGCACAGGGGAGACUCCAAGUGGCCACUCCAGGGGUCACUCCACACUCCCUCUCUCCUGCAGUUCUUAGGUCUUGGAGUCCCUUAGGUCUGUGCUGCCAGGUAGUGGUGGUGGCUCAGGGAUGGGUUGGGUGGGGUGUCCCUUUCCAGAGGUGCCCAAUUUAAGGUUGGAGAUGGGGCAGAGAUGCCAGGACUCAGGGCUUAGACUUUGGGAUGGAGUCUGCAGAAAUCCCCAAGUUCUGUUUGGUGAGGCAGACGGUGCCCUCUGGUUUAGAGCAUGAGCCUUGGCAGCGGGGGUGGUGGGAUGAGGGGGCUCCUUGGCCUCAGGCUCAAGGUGGACCUUCCAGUGUUCUUGGCCCUGCCUGGGGUGGGGGGAUGUGCUCCCGCAUCCUGCCUGGUAGGGCAGUGACUGGCCCCAGAGCCCUUCCCACCUCCAUUAGAGCUUAGCCUGCCCUCUCCCCACACCCCCAUCCGGGAGCCCAGAGUCGUGGCCUCUGCCUCUGUCCUCGAGAGAGGAGAGGUCUCUAGAGCACACCUGAUGGCUCACAGCACAAAUCAGAUGGUUUGGAGCACAGCUGUGAAGCACAACCCCUCCCCUCUCGCCAGGGGCCCGACUUUCUCGCUAGCGGCAGCUUCUGCCCUGGAACGGCAGUCCCUGGAGUUCAGGGGCUCACACCUGGGAAGGAGAUAAUUUCACUGCCCCUUUGGGCCGCCGCCCCUCUCCUUGUACAAGCACAGCCACCCGGUGUGCACGUCGUGUGUGGACACCUCGGAAACCUUUCCCAAGCCGCCCGGCCCGUGGUGGGGUGUGGGGGGCACAGGCCGUGCUGUGGCCACUGGAAGCUGCCCAGGGGGAGGGCCGGGCCUCUGUCCUGGGGCCCAGCCCUGCGGCACCCCACCCAUGCUUACCUUUGCCUUCCCCGGAAGAGGGCCGCCCUCGGAGUGCAGGCUAAGAGGAUUGGAACCUGAUUGGAGGUCAGAAGUCUGCAGAGAGAUGAAUGGACUGAUGAAAGGAUGCAAGGAUGGGUGGAUGGAAGGAAGGAGGGGUGGGGAGGAAGGAAGACUGGCUGGGACAGCAAACCUCCAUCUUUGCGAGCUGCAGUGGGCAGGGCAGGGGCAGGCCUGGCUCCUUCACAAAGGGUCCUGAGUCACUCUUGUGCCCCUGACUGCUCUCAGCCCUGGGAGGGACACACUAGGCCCAGGGGUCCCUCCUCCACCCCUUAGUCCCUUGGUUUUCCCCGCCCCCCUUGGGGUCCACUGACCACCUCCCUUCCUCAUCCUCCUCCCACACGUGCUCCCAUUUCCAGCCCUCUCAGCCCCACCCAUCCUUCCUGAGUGUGUGGGGGGAGGGGGAGUCCCACAUCUCCACAAAGACAUGAGCUUCUGGGACACCACAUCACGCCUUAGGCCCCCUCACCUGACAGCACCUCCUACCUGGCCCUGUGCCUAAUCCCAAGCAGAAAUAGCAACAGGAAAAGCAAGGCCCCAGGAGAGACACUACUAUAUAUACUCUAUAUAUUCUAUUUCUAUUGUAUAUUCAAUCUGUACAUGUGGGUGUAAAUGCUGUUAAAUGACAAACCCAAUAUUAUACUGUGGCUGGUGGACUAUUUUCA